UCAAGUCGGAGAAUCACAUGGUGUAAUUCUAACCUAACUUAUUUGGAUACAUUAAAUUUAUUACUCUCACAUUUGUUGCAUAUUGUUUAAUUUGUUGAUAAGUUUUGACUAACUACGUUUAUUGCAACGAUUUUUAUAAACAUGGCUAAAGCACACACUACUAAUAAAGCCCCGCGAAAGCAGGGUUUUAAACGUUCAGGACACAGUAUGAAUCCUGAACGUCCUACAGAAGGAUUGAAAGGAGUUGCUAAAGUGCGAACAAAAGCGACCAUCAAAAGAUUGCAGAUGUAUCGCAAUCAAAAACCGAAACGCAAUCGUGCUGGAAAGAUUAUUAGCCCAGCGCCAUUUCAAGGCUGGAACACCUCUGGAACCAUGUCGCAUGUGGAACCAUCUCAAAAAUGGUUCAGCAAUUCAAGAGUUAUCUCACAAAAUGCUCUGCAAAAAUUUCAAAAUGAAUUGGGAACUGCCAUAAAGGAUCCCUAUAAAGUUAUUAUGAAGCCUACUCAAUUGCCUGUAACUUUACUUCAGCAAAAAGCGGCAAACGCGAGGGUGCAUCUGCUGGAUACAGAAAGCUUUGAAAGCGUUUUUGGUCCAAAAAAGCUCAGAAAAAGACCAAGUUUGGCGGCAACGUCGUACGAUGAGUUGAAAAAAUUGGCGGAGGACAAGGAAGAUGCUUAUAAUAAAGAGAAAGACAACAAAGACCACGAUCUUGUCCGUGAAGACACUGGCGUAAGAGACGCGCAGAGGGACUGGGUCAUGGCAGCGGGACAGAGCAAAAGAAUAUGGAAUGAGUUGUACAAAGUCAUCGACUCCUCCGACGUUAUUCUGCAGGUGUUGGACGCUAGGGAUCCGAUGGGAACCAGAUCGCCUCCCGUGGAAAAAUAUUUGAAAACUGAUAAACCUUACAAGCACCUGAUAUUCAUCCUAAACAAGGUUGAUCUGGUGCCGACGUGGGUCACACAGAGAUGGGUGGCAAUUUUGAGCAAAGAGUAUCCAACAAUUGCCUUUCACGCCUCCCUGACGCAUCCCUUUGGUAAGGGUUCCCUCAUAAAUCUGCUGAGACAAUUCGCCAAGUUGCACGUCGACAAAAAGCAGAUCAGCGUCGGUUUCAUUGGGUAUCCUAAUACAGGGAAGAGUUCCAUCAUAAACACUCUGCGUUCCAAAAAAGUCUGCAAAGUUGCGCCGAUAGCCGGGGAGACGAAGAUAUGGCAGUACAUAACUCUCAUGCGGCGUAUCUAUUUAAUAGAUUGUCCUGGGGUCGUUUAUCCGUCGGCGGAAACCGACACGGAGAAGGUGCUGAAGGGAGUUGUGCGAGUGGAACUCGUUCAGAGUCCGGAGGAUUAUAUUGCUGUUGUCCUAGAGAGAGUAAAACCCGAAUAUAUUUGUAAGACGUAUAAAAUAAAAGAAUGGACCGAUCACGUAGACUUCCUGGAAAAAAUGGCGCGUCGAAGUGGCAAACUUCUGAAGAAGGGAGAGCCUGACAUUACGAUUGUCGCACGUAUGAUACUUAAUGACUGGCAACGCGGUAAAUUACCCUUUUACGUUCCACCAGUGGGCUUCGAGAAACCAUCAAAUCAAAUGGCUAACAAAGAUGAAACAACCGUUAUGCAAGAGAAUAUAUUAGAAGUCACGCACGAUAAUAAAACACAAGAAACUAACAGCUCACCUUUGAAAGAGAUAAUAAAAAAUCAGCUAACGGUGAUACAAGAUUUUAGAAAAAUACGCGUUGGAUUGCCUUAUUCGGGUGAGGAUAAUAAGAAUCUAGAACAGGACGCAGAUCUCGGUGAUAGUAUCGCUGACGAUGACAGCAGGAUAGAAAGCGAAUCAGAAUUAGAUGACUCGGAAUCAGAAGAUACGAAAAUAGAAGAUGAUUUGUUUACAUUAAAAGAUAAAUCUGAUGAUUUACAAAAUACAGAAAAUCUAGAUAGCCAAGACGAUAAAGAAUGCUCCUCAAACAAUGAUGUUAUUGAUGAUAAUGCAGAUAAAAAAGAGUCUAACAUGAAAGAAAAUAAUGACUACUUAGAUUUGAAAACUUUCUUACCUAUUGAACAAGAUAAUCUGAAACAGAGUGUUUUUGAUGCCAUAGAUAAUGAAUAUGAUUCCAGCGACACUGAAAUGAUUCUUUCUAAAGCAGUCUCGGUUAGCGAUAUACAGAGUGUUUCAUCGAUAUCUCGUAGAAAAACGAAGGAAAAAUUAACGAGCAAACAGCGAAGAGCUGUAGAACGUGCUAGUAAAAGGAAAAAGAUUGGAAGCAAUUUCUACGAAGUCACAAAUGUAAAGAAUAGGAAUAAAAAUAGGAAAGUCCCCAAGGUCAAGAGAAAACAAUAAAUUCAUUUUAGAAUAAAUUACAUCGACUUUACUCAAACUUAUUUGUAAAAUAUAAUGAAAGCUUACGAAGUAUUAUAAUAAAAUAUAUAUAUACGUUA